CUCAGAGGGCUAACUCUCGCGUCCCGUGUUAUUACACAGCAAUAUUUGGGGUGGCGCGCCUGUCGCCCGUUUGUUUUGCUGGUCGGAGGCUUCUGCACAGAGAUGGCAAGAGAACCGUAGCUGACUGCGGGGCCUGUACGGUUGGGCAUUUUACCGAUAACCGUAACGUUAGAGGACCGCAGAGACACGGAGAGUAACAAAGGAGUGGGACAGCGGACAAGGAAUCAUGGGACACGGAGUGGGCUGAACCAGAGGGUCUAGCAGCACACACCAAUAGUUCCCCACUGUGGUGUAUGACAUGGCCACGGCCUCAUCUAGAGCAGAGUCUAGCCAUAACCACAGAGGAACAUCACAGCUCCAUGCCAUUGUUUCCUGUGCCAAAAUCAAGAGGAAGAAGAGCCUGUUUGGGACUGCCAUUUAUGUGGAGGUGACAGCGGAGGGGGAGUCGCGCCGCACGGUGAAGUCUCACAGCUCCUCCAGUCCUAAAUGGGACGAGAGGCUCACUCUGAAUGUAACACCACACACGCAGGUGGAUUUCAAAGUAUGGAGUUACCACACCCUGAAGGCGGACGCUCUGCUGGGGAAAGCCACGCUAGACCUAACUCAAGCUUUGGAGCAGCAUGACAGAAAAUUAGAGAAUGUGAAGGAGGUGCUGAAACUGAGCGUGGAGCAGAAGGGAGCUGUGGUUGCAGCAGGGGAGCUGACUGUCUAUCUCGAUGGCCUGACCGUAACUGACCAGGAGGAACUGGCACCGCUUACCAACGGCAAUGCAGCAAAUGGCACCAAAGUCCAACAGAAUGGUGACGCUAUCCAUGAAAAUGAAGACUCCUCUUCCUCUUCCUCAAGGGCUGCAAACAGCUCAGUGAAUGGUACAGACUUGGUCCCAAGGUCAGGUUCCUGUUCAGCCUCCAAUGGCCUGGAUGGUCAGGUGCCUUCCAGCUCCUGCAGCCCUGCCCUUAGUCAUGUCGUCAAUGGAGACACCACACCCAACUCAACCCCAGUCCAUCAACCCUCAGACAGUGACACAGAGAGUAGGACGGUCAAUGGGGAGUCCUGUGAUGCUCCUCUGGGCCCAUCGUCUGCUACAACAGGUGAUGUGCUGCCCCCUGCAGAUGACCACGAGGACUGCACUCAAGAUGCCACCCUGCCAGAGUCCAACACAGCACCAAAUAGCACAUCUCAACCCCUGCCAACCUCCACACAGGCUCCAGCCUCUUCCUCCUCCUCCUCUUCCUCUUCUGCUGCUGCUAAGCCUACUGAUGGCGCUGCUGCUGCUGCUGCAGCUCCCUCCACAUUGACUUCCCCAGCACAGGGGGCCACUGCCGUUACAACCUCUUCAUCGUCGUCCUCUCUCUCCCCAGCAUUAGGAGAAGCAAAUGCUUCAGGUGGUGCUGGUGGAAGCAGUAGUAACAGUGUGACUGCAGAUGGGGCCAAGCCCAGGCAGCAGGCCCCCAAUGCUGGAGCCGCAGAUCCUUUACCACCAGGAUGGGAGCAGAGAAAAGACCCACAUGGGAGAACAUACUAUGUAGACCACAACACCAGGACUACUACCUGGGAAAGACCACAGCCAUUACCACCGGGUUGGGAGCGCAGAGUGGAUGACCGGGGCAGGAUCUAUUAUGUGGACCACAACACUCGCACCACCACAUGGCAGCGUCCCACUAUGGAAUCGGUCCGCAAUUUUGAGCAGUGGCAGAGCCAACGCAGCCAGCUGCAGGGAGCUAUGCACCAAUUUAACCAGAGAUACCUCUACUCUGCAUCCAUGAUGUCUGCUGAGAAUGAUCCUCUUGGCCCACUACCUCCUGGUUGGGAGAGGCGUGUGGACUCCAAUGACCGAGUGUACUUUGUCAACCAUAACACCAAGACAACACAGUGGGAAGACCCCCGAACCCAAGGGCUACAGAAUGAGGAUCCUCUGCCUGAAGGUUGGGAAAUCCGAUAUACAAGGGAAGGAGUUCGCUACUUUGUGGAUCACAACACCCGAACUACCACUUUCAGCGACCCCCGCACUGGAAAGUCCUCUGUCACCAAAGGCCCUCAGAUUGCUUAUGAGCGCAGCUUCCGAUGGAAGCUUGCCCACUUUCGCUACUUGUGCCAGUCCAAUGCUCUCCCUAGCCAUGUGAAGAUCACAGUCUCCAGACAGACAUUAUUCGAAGACUCUUUCCAGCAAAUUAUGGCCCUGAAGCCUUACGACUUGAGGAGAAGACUAUAUGUCAUCUUCAGAGGCGAGGAGGGUUUAGACUAUGGUGGCUUAGCCCGAGAGUGGUUCUUCUUGUUGUCCCAUGAAGUGCUGAACCCCAUGUACUGUCUGUUUGAGUACGCUGGCAAAAGCAACUACUGCCUGCAGAUCAACCCGGCCUCGGCCAUCAACCCAGACCACCUCUCCUACUUCUGCUUCAUAGGUCGCUUCAUUGCAAUGGCACUUUUCCACGGCAAGUUCAUCGACACAGGCUUCUCUCUGCCUUUCUAUAAACGCAUGCUGAACAAGAAGCUAAUACUCAAAGACCUGGAGUCCAUCGACCCCGAGUUCUACAACUCACUUAUAUGGAUCAGGGACAACAACAUCGAAGAGUGCGGUCUGGAGAUGUACUUCUCAGUGGACAUGGAGAUCUUGGGGAAGAUCACUUCUCAUGACCUCAAACCUGAUGGCGCCAAUGUUCUAGUCACUGAGGAGAACAAGGAGGAGUACAUCAGUCUCAUGGCAGAGUGGAGGUUCUCCCGUGGGGUGGAAGGUCAGACCAAAGCUUUCCUGGACGGCUUCAACGAGGUGGUCCCACUUCAGUGGCUCCAGUACUUUGAUGAAAAGGAGCUCGAGGUCAUGCUGUGCGGCAUGCAGGAGGUAGACCUGCAGGACUGGCAGAGGAACACGGUGUAUCGUCACUAUACAAGAAACAGCAAACAGAUCAUCUGGUUCUGGCAGCUGGUAAAAGAAGUCGACAACGAAGUGCGACUGCGGCUCAUGCAGUUUGUGACUGGAACCUGCAGGCUUCCUCUGGGCGGCUUUGCUGAGCUCAUGGGAAGUAACGGGCCCCAGAAGUUCUGCAUUGAGAAGGUGGGGAAGGACACAUGGCUUCCUCGGAGUCACACGUGUUUUAACCGUCUGGACUUGCCUCCUUACAAGAGCUUCGAACAGCUGAAAGAGAAGCUGCUCUUUGCCAUCGAGGAAACAGAAGGAUUUGGCCAAGAAUAGAGGGAGGAAUCCUCUUGUAUUCCUCUCCCUCCCCCAUCGCUGUUCAUUCAGCCAAGUAAAACAAACUAAAAAAAAAAAAAAAAUUGUUUGCACAAGAUAACCACCAAUGUAUAUAAGCUAUUUUGUCAUUUUAAACCAAAUCUUAAUUUGCAGCAUCAUUUUUGCCGCAAUCCUGUCCCCCAGCCCUUAUAUAUUAUAUGAUACCCCAUCGUGAAAUAUGCAAGCAUUUCAGUGUUUUUGCUCCUCUGUUUAAAAACAGAAAUCAUGAAUAUUUUUUUAAUUUCCUCCCCAUCGCUGACUGGCUUUUUAAAAGAGACUAAAAAGUGUUUUCGAGAGAAUUUUAUAGUUGAAGCGCAAUCUUCUUUUAAAGCUCUAGUUCUAUAGAGCUUCUAAAAGGCAGGAGUAGUAUUGGGGUCUGGUGCCUGAAUUUAGUCCACCCCCCUCCCCCCUUGGACCCCGUAGUAAUUGUUGCAAAUUUUUUUUGCGUGCUUGCAUGGCUGCCUCUGAAGAUGAGAAGACUCCUGUGACCAGCCUCCAUCAGCACACACACACACAAAGACAUUUCAGCAUGGAUGCUCUGUCUCUUUAUGAGCUUUUUUUUUUUUUUUUUUAACCAUCAUUAUCAAAAAGGCAAAGUUUUCAGGACGGACUGAUCUGAAGCAGAUUAAGAAUAACUCUCAUACAGGUUUUUUUUUUUUUCCGUUCAAUGAGAUUCUGGACACCAGCCCAGAGUAAGAAGCAUCAUCAUCGGAUCCUCCAGGUCGGACAAAGUUAGGCAAGAAAGACACUAUCAUGAAGUUGGUGGGGAACUAUAUCGGCAACUAUAUCAAAUGGAGUAUGGGGAACUUUUGGAAAAUCUUCUAAACUGAAGUAAAAGAGUUAAUUGUGUGUGAGUUUGAGGGUGGUGGCGGCACGGCCUGUGGCUCAUAGUUGUGAUGUGACAGUGACACUGGACACGUUCCAGGCCACCGACACUUCAGGCGGCGAGUGAGUUACACACAAGGAUGACAUACUCGGUUUUCAUUUAAAUAUUGUUUGGAGUUGUCACAACAAAAGAAGACAAAAAACAGUGUCUGGCUCCAGCUCAGUGGUUCAUUUGUGCUUGGCUGGUUCUCUUUUCACCUCAUUGAUUUUUUAAACUCGGACUGUAAAGUGUCUUCAGUCAUAUGAAGCCACUGUGAUUUACAGAGCACAAAAAGAUGACAUUUACUUUAACUGCUCAGUUAUAGGUCACCAUAAAAGACAAAGACACAGGUCCAUUCUUCUUGUCAGUACAUUCGUACAUGUACUGAAAGAAGCUGUCCUCUUCUCACUUAUUACCAACCCUUAACUAAUUAAUUUAUUAAUUAAAACUGAAGCCAGCACUGAAUAAAAGAGUCUGUUAGUGUUGCAGAACUGUCCUUAUGAUGGCAGUAAAUGUCUUGCAAAGCUCCAUGUGUAGAUUCAGAGUCAGUGAUCAUCAAGAAGAUGAGCAGCGCUGGAUCAAAAGCAUCAGAUUUGAAAGCAACCAAUACAAACAUUGCUAAUGGCAACGCAAAGUGGCAACUGGCUGAGUAAAAGAAUUGAACCUUCAAACAUUUCUGAUAAGUCCACUAGAAAAAAACCUGUAUCUGCACAAUUUAUUAUUAUUAUUAUUAUUAUUGUUAUAAAAAUAACAAUUGUGUCACUUGCAGUGUGUAUGUGCAGUCAGCACGGUGACAGUUAAUUCAAGCCAUAGUGCUGAGCCCACUCCUCACACAGAUCACAGUUAAAUUUCCAUUCUCAGGUUUUAGUUCUGAGAGGAGAGAGCCUUAGUUUAAUAAAGGCGUGAGUGUGAAUAAAUCAGUAAAGUCGAGGCUGAGCUGCAGAAAACAAAAUUCAUUCACAUACAAAUAAUGAUUCUAAGACUGCACGAGCAACUGAUGUGCCACAGACCAAACAACGUGUGGAAAAAACUCACAGCAGCAAGCCAGAUGAUGCAUCGUUUUUGUUUUUGCACCCCCACUCUCCCCUUGUCCUUUCUUUCCUCAAACGCUUCAGGGGACGCGCCCUUUUGUUUUUCAGAAUGUCACGUCUAACUGCAUUGUUUCUAGAUGACAACUCUGGUGCUUUAUUCUUUCAGUCGGCGCUCUAAACGCAGGACAAAAAGUCUGGCAGUGGCAGGCCGUUCUCCUUAUUUUCUCGAGCAUUGUGUUUUCUUUCUUUCUUCAGACCACUGCAAACGGCAAGCAAGCUGCUUUAGACUUUCUAGGGAGGAGCUUGUGAUUACUCAAGUUAUCAGUCAUGUAUAUAACAUGUAUUCAGCUGUCCCUGUGGAAGAGCUGGAACGAGGGACAAAAGUAUGAAGAAAACCAUUUACUGUAGCAAAAGGAGCCGACUUUUAAGUCCAAACUGCAUAACUUUGUGCUUCCUUUUGAACAGCAACCUGUAAUCAAAGAAAAUCAACUGUGUAUGUGAAUAUUCAUUGUAUAAAGAUAAUGAAAGUAAAUGAAGUACUUAAAUAUUAUAAUUACACAGAGCCGCCGCUCCAUUGAUGGAAAUCUGUGAUGCCUUUUGUUCUUAUCAGAAAUCGAUGCGACGCUUCAGGUUGCCUUCAUCGUAGCAAGUAACACAAUUAAGUAUCACCUGAGAGCUGAUUCAUGAUACUGUGUGUGUGUGUGUCAUUUCAGUAUGUGACGAUGCUGCAGGGAACUUGUUACUGUGCUGACUGCGGUUUAGGCCCCCUGAAACGCAUCCAAACUGUAACAUAUCGCGUGUAGAUACACACUGUAAACACCAACUACACUGUACAGAAUGCCCCUUUACUGGAGACGAUGUGUAUAGAAGAUUCAUUUUUAAUCUGCUUUCACCCAUUUUAAUGAAGAGAGAUGGAUUUAUGAGAUACAAAUAAAUAAGUGAAUAAACCCCC